ACAGUUGAAUUAGAAGUUUAGCAGCAUCUUAAUAAACAGUUCUUUCUCUAUCAGGCUCAUGUAUUCUCAGGCCACGAUAAAUGUGCAGCCUUUCUUACUACCAUAUGAAGUAUCCUGCUAAGGUGGCUUACAACGGUUUGCACUAUGACUUGCCUACUUGGUCCAUCAACAUCCUUCCUGAUUGCAGACAUGUAGCUUUCAACUUUGCCAUGGUUGGAGUUAUGACAUCAAAUGUCCAAAUGUUGCCAACCGGUACUAGAUUGAUGUGGUGGGAGACUUACAAGGAAGAUAUGAAUUCUCAUGUAGAUAGCUCGAGGAUGAUGACUCGUGGGCUCUUGGAGCAUAUUAAUGUCACUGGAGAUACUAGUCACUAUCUGUGGUACAUGACC